GAAAGUCAAGUUGUUCUGCACUGUGGCAUCUUCAGCUUACUGCUAUGGACAGUGCUAUCACCCUGUGGCAGUUCCUCCUCCAACUCCUCCAAGAGCCUCAGAACAAGAAUAUCAUCUGUUGGACCUCCAACGACGGGGAGUUCAAACUGCUGCAGGCAGAGGAGGUGGCCAGACUCUGGGGAAUCCGCAAGAACAAGCCCAGUAUGAACUAUGAUAAACUCAGCCGUGCUCUCAGAUACUAUUAUGUGAAGAAUAUCAUUAAAAAAGUGAAUGGUAAGAAGUUUGUGUACAAGUUUGUUUCUUAUCCGGAGAUUUUAAAUAUGGAUCCACUUGUCGUGGGCCGUAUAGAAGGAGACCCUGAAAUGACUGGUUUUGCGGAAGUUAGCAGUGCUCCCAAGGAUGUGGAAAACUGUGGGAAGGAGAAGUCUCAGUCAUGUGCUAAAUCCUCCAGCCGCAAUGACUAUAUCCACUCAGGCUUGUACUCCUCUUUUACUCUGAACUCCCUGAACUCUUCCAGCGUAAAACUCUUCAGGUCCAUCAAGAUUGAGAAUCCAGCUGAGAAACUGACGGAGAAGAAACCUGCUCAGGAUCCAACACCCUCUGUCAUCAAGUUUGUAACCAUGCCCUCCAAAAAGCCUUCAUCUGUCCCCCUGGUCUCUACCACUUCAGCGGUCUCUGCCACUUCCACUGCUUCUGCCUCUUCAACCGCAUCCUCUCUUCCCAUGGGAUCGGAAGAAACUCUCCAGACCUUGGAGACGCUUGUUCUACCCAAGUUAACUGUCCCUGAAGCUCCAGCACCUUUGCCAAACUUAACCACCAGCUUCACCCCGACCCCACCCAUAUCCUCAGUUUCUCCCACUCUGCAAGUUCCCUCCACGCCCCCGUCGCCGCCCCUGAGCUCUAAUCCCGACCUGGACAUUGACACGGACAUAGAGUCCGUGGCUUCUCAGCAGCUGGAGCAGGCUCAGAGCCUUCAGCAUCAAUCCCCAGAGCCCAAAGAGCAGGAUUCAUCUGUGCUGGAGAAGGAGUUUGCCAAUCACCUCUCCAGAUCUAAAAAACCCAAAGGGCUGGAGUUGGCUCCUACUCUCGUCAUUACAGGCAGUGAUCCAAGUCCACUGGGGAUUCUGAGUCCUUCUCUCCCAACUGCUUCUCUUACUCCAGCACUUUUCUCUCAGACUCCCAUCUUGCUGACCCCAAGUCCCUUGCUCUCCAGUAUUCACUUCUGGAGUACGCUAAGCCCAGUUGCUCCUCUCAGUCCUGCAAGGUUGCAAGGUGCUAAUACACUCUUUCAGUUUCCAUCAGUGCUGAACAGUCAUGGCCCAUUUACUCUGUCUGGACUGGAUGGACCCUCUACCCCCGGCCCAUUUUCCCCUGAUCUACAGAAGACAUAGCACAUGAACUCACGGAAAGGACAUACUGGCAAGCAAGGGAAAGAUAUGACACUUAUAUUUAACCAUGUUUUUUAAAUGAGCAAUUUAUAAUUCCACAGAGAUUAUCAACAAUCAUAGUUUUUGCCAUUCCCAAAUAAAAUGCCUUUUUUGCAGAAUUCCCUUUUUUGAAGACCCAGGUUGGGAAUGUAUAUGCAAACGCCUUAAUAGGAGCUGAAGCUCCAGUCUCUUCUCUUCCCUCCUUGGUUUGGAAGACUUCACUAUGGUUAAAGGGAGUUUCGGUUGGUGUUGCAGUAACUGAGUCUGCACUGAUUGCAGUAAACGGUGUCAGAGAAGUCUUUUCUCUGUGACUCUUGGAAAAACCCUCUGUUCUUCUGCUUCCUGUGCUUGGCAAGAAGAAAUCUAACCCUGAUCGAAGCUGGCAUUCCAGGAAAUGCUUGGGAAAGGGGUGUGUGCAUCAGCUUUGCCUUGGGGCCCGAUAACUUCUGCAGCAACAAAACAGCCCGCGUCUUUUCUGCUGUAAAAACAUCUUGUCUUUUUUCAGGGAGAAAUUUUCAAGGACUAUUCAAUGAUUGCGUUACAGAGAUACGGACAAUUUUUGAAUGGCAUUGUAUACCGACAGUCCGGCCCCUCGGAGAAGUGGUCUGGCUAGCUUCUGGAUGCUUCCCUGCUCUCCCUUCGGUGAGGAGGCAAGGUCUGGAGACGAAUGGUGGGAUUAGUUCCUUUCAGUUCUCAGAAGGGUUGAAUGCUGAAGUCCAAACAUUUCUUGUGCCAGAGACCUGUUACAAAGCCUGUAAUGUCACUGCUAGAAGAUGAGCAGGAUGGUGGAUUUUACAUGAGGUUUUGAGGGUAUGUCUGCAUUUGGUGAGGUUGCUGCCUGAUGCUAGAGUUUCAGACCCAAACAGUGGGUGAGAACACUAACAUCUGAGCAUUAACUUUACUGCUCUUUUCCCACCGUUGAAGUGGAGAAGCUCCUCUUCUACCAGCUCUUAUCUCAAGUUUUGCUUUAGCUCUAUUGCCUUUUUUAUUUGAGGAAGCACUCGGACCCAAAAUAAGUUAGGCUCAGUGUGUACAGCUCGCUGAGAGGGCUACCACGGUGUAUCAACCUUACUGUAAAUUUGCGCUUGCAUUGCUUUUCUUGGUGGCCAUGUGUGUAUGGAUUAACACAAGAUUAGUUUCCAGAGCAAUUUGAAACACCGAUGAAAUGAAAUUUGUAGUUAGAUUUUUACACCUCAGGAGGCCUUUUAAGAGAACUGAGGAAUGAAAGGAGAGACUCUCCUCUCACGGCCCCCCAGAGACUGGAUGUCUUGGUCUGUUGGUGCUGGGCGGUGUGCCCUUCCACUUUGGGCGUCUGAUGUCAGGCAGCAACUUCUGUUUGCUACUGUGUACGCUGAGUUGGUGACGUAAGAUAACCUCCAUAGAAUGCCCACUCGAAAACAGAUGGAGACCAUCUCUUCUCUUUGGCAUCCUCACUGGCUGUCUUCAAAGUUUUGAUGAGCAGAGGAAGAUUGUACCUUUACAGCAAGAGGAGCUGACGGUGUACGCUGUAUAUAUUGCACCUGUCUUACGGAUAAGUGGUGAACUCGAGCUUUCCAGAGUUUUCCUUUUGCCACUUUUGCAGACUCUGAAUUCACUUUAAAGCGUAUGACGAUACCCAAGACUUAAUUUACUGCAGUGACGUUAUCUUUCUAUAUUCUAGCAUUGAAAUAUGUAAACCACUGAGUAUGUUCCUGACAUGACACCCGGACAGGUGGGUGUAAUGGAGUUGCUUUGUGGGCAUUGUUCAUCCAGAAAGUCCCCUGCCCGGUGGGAGGUGGGAGAAAAGAGUAUGCCUGUCUGUAGGUGGAGGUAGCAGGGAGUGAGCUCGUGUAGUGAACUGUCUUCCUGUUCGGUGACGGCAGAGGCGUAAUACUGCUUCGCGUUUCAGACAUCAGCAGAUGCGGGAUAAAGUUCCUGUGCCAGCGGCUCUUAAAAUGACAAUGUGCAAUAUUGACCUUUUUUUUUUUUUUUUUUUUUUUAAAAUGCAGAAAGCAAGCUGCAGAUCAUAAUUAAGAGCAGGCAUCUGGAAUUUUCUGGUUUGCAUGAUGGCUUACGAGUCUGCUCUAGAAAAUAUAUAUAGCUAUUAAUAAAUAGCAGCACUUUUAAUGGUUGUUUUAGGUUGGCCAAUUUUAUGCCCACCAAGCGUGUGGACUUGAGAGCAACAUUGCAGACGAGGAUUAGAAUUUAAAAAUAAUUAAUGAGCACUAAAGACUUGCAAUUUAAUUGCUUCCCUUUCCUUGUCCCCUAUGGAGAAAAGCCAAGUUUAUUUGUUUAAAAGUUGUGUAUGUGCACACAUGCACUUAAUUUUUUGUAAACUGUAUCACUUUCAGCAUAGGUAUGCAAGAGAACCAAACGCUAACGUAGCUUGUCAGUCGUGCUUGGCCUAGUUUCAUGCUCUUCUCCAAGUAGCUUCGUUAAGAUUGCACUGCCGUAGCUGGUUGAUGAGAUACACAUUCACCUUCGGGAGUACCUUCUUCAGAGAAAGUUAGUAUGAAAACGCAGCCUGUAUGUGUUGGUUUCAAUCUGGCGAUAUCCAGCUUCCUGACAGAUAGCACUGGGAAGAUGAUUGCUUUUGCUUCUUGAGCACCUGCCUAGGAAAACAGAAGUCCCAUAUAGGAUUAUAAUCUCGGGAGGCAGUUGGGAAAGCAAGUUGAAAGGGGAGGGGAGGUGGGAGAGGAGAGGCUUGCUCCCCUUUUCUCCAUUACAACUUUCAGGUCACUUAAGGUAAUAUUAUCUUGUAUAUAUGCUGCCUCAUUAAACACACAUUUACUAACAAGUAUAUAACUGCCAGCUUUUUUGGAUCACAUUCCUGACAGAGCACGGUGUCACUGUGACUUCUUGCAGCUUGGUUAUGUGGAUUGCUGGUAUUUUACUAGCUCACUUCAGGAGCAGUUUGCAGCUCUUGCAACUUGUUUUUAAUUUAGUGUAGGGAAGGUGGGGGUUAAUAUAGGCUCUCUUUUCAUUAUCAUGUUAAGCAGUCUGUAAUAUGGGUAUAGUACCGUGUUGGUUUAAAAAAAUAAUAAUGCAGCAUUACAGAAACAUUUUAUUACGUUACAAUUCAUGUUGCUGAAGUAGCCACGGUAUUGUUGAAUGCUUGAUAAUAUUUGCGUCAGUUAAUUCGGUGGUAGAAUUAGACUGGAUGAGCAUGGAAGCUGAACAUCUGUCCUGCUUCUGGAAAUCUCUUUUACAUGUCACUGCUGCUGUGUAAUAGUACUGCAGAGUUGAAAAGCUUGCACUGCUGUUGCUGUGUGCGCUGUGUCUGGCUUUUUUUGAGAUCCUGAACUGUCAGGAUGCCACUAGCAACACGUGCUGCUAGCAGAAACAAUCCAUGGAAAGCAGAAACGUGUUAAUAAUACCCUACGGGUUAUAGAACCAUACUUGUUCAGUCUUACCUGUUUUCAGAGAAUGUGAUCCUAGUAAUGAGAGUGAUGGAGGAAAGUGUUUGGUUUUUUUCUUAACAGCAGCUUAAGUCUAGAUCCUUGUUUCAGAAAUUGGUCUUCAGCAGUGACGGCUGAAUGUAAUUCCUAUGCACUGUCUUUGGCACAUUCAAGUUGCGUUUUGCAAUAGGUCAGGAAGUGAUAAAAUUCCUUGAAUUUGAGAAUUUGUUGUUUUAACUUAGAGCAUCCUAAGACUUGGGUAUCCAUGCAAUCUUUGGUAUAGUGGAGCAUGCAUUAUAGUAUGAAAGGCUUUGGCUGUUCAGUGGUUUGUUUGGGAUAAUUUCUCCCUCUGAUACGUUUUCAAACCUCAGCUAUCUAGCAAAUAGAUUCUUCUUGUUUUUUAUAGCGUACAUUUUAACCGCAGUGAAGGCUGCUUACGUGCGUAUCUUCUUUUACGCAGCUUUUCAAAAUGCAGUGAGAUGCAUUAAUGUCAGAUUCCCUCAUGACUUCAACUUUCAUGCGAGAACUUCUGCAGGUUGAGACCGGGUGAAAGAGCUAGCCUAGCGCAUCGACGCGGUUUCUCAGGUGAGCACAGGCGCAGAGUUCUGAUCCACUUCUGUAGCAUUUUUCUAGUGCUGAGGUCAGAACCUACAGUUCUGACAGGCUACCCACGGUUUAUUCAUAUAUCUUUUAGUUACCUUUUGCUACUGUUUUAUAGCAUUUUUGUAUGUACUCAUGUUUUACUAUACAAUUUAACCUCUUCCAUUUUUAAUGCAUAUUUGUUUACAAGACACAUCUCAGUGUUGUAUCAAGAGGCUAUCUUGGUAUUGUCAGCUAUGAAAAUAAACUACAUCGGUAGUUAAGGAACAUUGUCAAAGUUGACAGGUAUUUUAAAACUUGAUGUUUGAGUUUUGAGUGUCCAUAACAAUUUUGUUCUGUUUCGUUCCGUAGUUCUCCCGUGUAAGAAAUACGCGUACCUUCUGGCCUCUGAGGUCAUGGGUAUGGAUAGUUUAUUUUGUCUUAAUAAUCAUGGAGCACGGUAUUGCAAACAAACAGCCCGAGCCCCACAGGAUCACACUCGGCGGAUAAGUUGAAAAUCCAUUAGAAUUGCAAUCAUGUCGCUUAGAAGCUAUUCGGGAUGUUUUAAUAAGGUGUAGUAUGUCUUGCCUAAACAGGAAUUUUUAUGGUUUGAUUUGAAUUUAAUUAAACAGUAAUUGGCAAUGGCCUGCUGUUUAGUCUGAACAGCAUUAGCAAAUCUGCUUAAUGUGGAAGCCUUUGGCUAUUGCCAUCAAGUUGAGUGGUGGUUAAUAUGUGACAUCCUAAAGUUGAUCUGCUGAAAUCAGAGGCUGUCAGAUGGAGAUUAAAAGAUAAAACGCAGUGACAGUUGUUUUACACAGUCCUUCAGGGCUAUUACUGCAAAAGGCUUUGUCUUGGAUCAACAUCUGUGGACACGGCAUUCCACUUUGUUUGAGCGACUAGUACUGACCGUGUAGGAGCCCUUCGUAAAAGCUGAUUCUGGACAGAGAAGAAUUUUUGAAAAUAGAACCAAAUCUUUUCUCCAUGGCCUGCUUUUAGUCGUAAGGGUAUAAUACAGGAGCUAGAAAGCUGCAGUAAUGGCAGUGCUGCCAUAUUUCUGCAAUCUGUGUUUAUCAUCAAGAGACUUUCUGUUGAAAUUUCCUGGCUGUCUCGGUGCCAUCUGAAGCAGAAAGGUUAAGCUUUGGUUUUGGGUGUCUAGUGGAUCUUGAACUGAGGAAUAUUAGUCUUGCCUUUGUACAAAGAACAAACAAAAAUAAGGGAGAAUAUGUUCACUGCAGAACGUUGAUUCUUUUUGGAGGAUGCGGCUUUGCUGACUCUAACCAUGCUUUGCAAAAAAAAAAAAAAACGUGACCUGCAAGGUAAGAAAGCUGGGCAGGGCCCAAUGUUUCUUCGUGAAUGUGUAUGCUAAUGUAUUUCCCUUUUGGGGCAGCAAGAUGUCCGCUUCAUAUAAAGUAUUCUACAAAAAAAAGUAAAACUGACGAGAAUUUAUUUUUGUUUACCCCCUCCCAAAGAAUGUAGUAGACGACUUUGACUGUGGAGCUAUUCCAGACAUCUGAUAAAAAGCAUACUUUGAGAGCCAAAAACUUGUUUUUAGAUGCAUCGUUGAACUGCGACUGGAAUAGCUCUCCUCAUGUGAACGUACCUGUGUGCACGUGCGCGCUGCCUGGUGUGUUCAUUACGCAGUCUGGCUUCCAGAUUUGUAUAAGUAACGCUUACCGUGUACGCUCGGAGCAAAUACUGCACUGUGCAGUUGCCACUUUUACAUGUUUUGCACAUGCUGGUGAGGUUUUUUUGGGGCUUUUCUUUUGUUUUUAGUCCUCAAAUCAAUUAUACCACAGUGUGGACUAAUUGGUUGCCAAAGGUUAUUUUUUAAAUGCAUCUUUGACAUUGUUGUAUGCCACAUCUUCUAAAAAAAAAGUGUCUUAAAUGUGUCUUUGAAUAGUUUUAUGUUCACGGAACAAAAGUUUGGACUUCUUUUUUACUUAAAACACUUGCUUCUCUGUUGAGACCAUGCAUUGCAGAAGGUUUUCAUCUCAAAGUAGGGUUUUUGGCAGGGGGUGUAACAGGAUAAUUAUGAACCUUCGGAAAACAGGGGUCUUUUAAUGGAGACACUGAAUGAACUGUAAGCAGCGCACACAGUAAGGAGAGGGGAGGAGAGGUUGGAAGGCGUUGUGUUUGGAGCCCAUUUCAGUCCUUGAGCAGUACAUGCAGCAGUGCUGUACUAAUAACUGGAAGCUGUUGUUUUUGAUUUAUUUUUUCGUUGUUUGGGGUUAUUUUUUUUUCCUUUUUUUCUCUUUUGAACACAGGAAGGCUUUGAGGAUGGCCUCUGCAUGGUUCCUAGUGUGUGCUGUGUGCUGGGGGGGGGGUUUACAAUACCUGGGUUUGCUCUAGGCUCCUUGAGAUGUGUUGUGAUUUUUUUGGCUAGCAUGUCUUAAAUCUUCAGGCUUUGAAACUGCUUUAUAGAAUUGUGUUGACUUUUUGUUCUGCUGUUGUUCAGUUGCACAGAGUUUUAUAUAUAUGAUGUACUAGUUUUUAACGUUGAUUCUCUGUGAACAGGGUUGAGAUUAUUCAUUGUAGUUUAAAAAAAAAAAAGUUGUAUUCUAAAACUCCCUUUUAAAAAUCUUGUUUGUAUUCUGUUGCAGUGUUACCAGAUGGCCUUAUGUACGUCACAGUGUUUUGUGAUAAGUACAGUAGCACAUUUAAUGCUUAUCUCCCCCCCCCCCC